UUCUCUCUAAGUUUGUGUAACCGUCAGCAGCAGGUCAUCAUCUUCAGCUCUGAGCCAGGAUUCAUCAUUAUCCAGGUACUGAAGCUGGACAUCUGCUGGACGAUCCCUAAACACACCAGCUGUCUACCUCCCAUCUCCCUCCACCCACGUGCUGAUCAAGCAUGCUGCCUCUCAGGAUGUUGGGCUCUCUAAUGUUCAUAUUUUUACUGUGUGAUGCAGACAGUAUGUGCCCCACUGAGAACAACCCUCUCAUUCUGGAUCCUCCUGAGGUUAUAGGAGAAUAUGGAGAUUCAGUCUUGGUAGACUGCACCAGCAGUAACAUGAAUCAUACUGGGAUGCACUGGAUGCAGACUGUAAAUAAUGUUGAAAAACCACUGUCUGAAAUCGAAAUUGACAGUUUUAUCAACUUGAAUAUUUCACUGUCAGACUGGAGUUUAACGGCUAAGUGCAAAAUACAGCUGAAGGACUAUGAAUGCAGCAAAGACCUAGAAAUCAUUGUGUACAAGACUCCAGACACUGUGUCAGUCUCUGUCAGAGAUCCUGGUCCGAUGGUGGAGGGCACAGACUUCCUGCUGAAGUGUGACAUCAUCAAUGUGGCUCCUGUACAGAAGCUCAAAGUGAAGUGGUACAGAGGAAAUGGAAUCGUGCUCACAGAAAUGUUUAACGACACCAGAGUGGCCCCAGUCAAUGUGUCUUCCGUCUUGAGAGUCACUCCUGUGAGAGAUUACAACGCAUCAAUUUUCAGAUGUGAGGCUGAGCUGCACUUCGGACCAAAAGGGCCAAAGCUCACCCCUAAAUCCUCAUCGCCUUACAUUGCGGUUGUGCAUUAUGCUCCUGAGCUCAAGAGCAAAGGGGAUAUUGAUGUUACUGUGAAUGAGGGCAAUGAUGUCACCCUGAACUGUGAAGCUGAGGGGAACCCUCCUCCUGUCUUCCAUUGGACCUGUGAUGGGGUGAAUUUCACAGAGAACACGAAUAAUCUCAACAUUACUCAAGUACACACCAGCGCAACUUACAGCUGCAAAGCUACCAACUAUCUGGGAAACAUAAUUAAACAAAUCCAUGUUCAUGUGAUAAAAACUACCACAACAACAGCCCUUGCUGCCAUGACCAGCCCUGCAGCAUCAGCUCCAAGAGGUUGUCACGUAAUAUUGUCGCCUGAUGAAUUGGUGGUGAGAUUUGGGGAUCCAGCUUCAGUUAACUGCAGCACAUCGGCCACCAAUGUUUCUGGAAUGGGCUGGGAGGCUGCAGUUGGAGGCACAGGGUUUAAAAAUCCUCCUACUGUCACCUGGACUGUUAAAAAACUGACAGAGUGGAGCAUAAAACCUGAGUGCUACAUUACUCGGAAUGAUAAUAGCCAGUGUUUUGUGAGUCCAGCCAUCACUGUUUAUAAGACUCCAGACACUGUGUCAGUCUCUGCCAGAGAUCCUGGUUCGGUGGUGGAGGGCACAGACUUCCUGCUGAAGUGUGACAUCAUCAAUGUGGCUCCUGUACAGAAGCUCAAAGUGAAGUGGUACAAAGGAAAUGGAAUCGUGCACACAGAAAUUUUUAACGACACCAGAGUGACCCCAGUCAAUGUGUCUUCCGUCUUGAGAGUCACUCCUGUGAGAGAUUACAACGCAUCAAUUUUCAGAUGUGAGGCUGAGCUGCACUUCGGACCAAAAGGGCCAGAGCUCACCCCUAAAUCCUCAUCGCCUUACAUUGCGGUUGUGCAUUAUAAGCCACAGAUCCAAGCUUGUCCAGAGCAUUACACUGGUGUGGAGAAUGAGUUCCGUAUAGACACGUUGUCCUGUCAAGCUGAUGGGAACCCUGCACCCACUGUUCAGUGGUACUAUCAGGGAGAACCGAUCAAAGCAUCUGAGCCCCUCACCAGGACUCACUCUGGAAAGUACACAGCUGAAUUUGAAAAUUACCUUGGCAAGAGCAACACUUCUGUUGAUAUCACAAUUGAAUAUAGCCCUUCGUUUACCUGUAAUGAUAGAUAUGAGGUUGAAGAGCAUGGUAAACUCCAAAUUGACUGUGAACCAAAGGGAAUUCCUAAGCCUGUCGUCACCUGGUUUAAAGAUGGAAAAAUGAUGGCUUCCCCACACUGGACAAAGAAUGAUAGUGGAGAAUACUUACUUACAGUAACCAACAAACAUGGAACAGCCAAUCACACCCUAUAUAUUGAUGUUCUGUAUGCCCCUGUGUUCAAGGAGGGAAAUUACAGUAAGGAGGUAACCCAGGGUGAAAAUGUGACUUUUCACUGCCAUGCUGAUGGGAACCCUACUCCUAAAAUCCAGUGGAACUACAUCGAUGCAGGGAAUGCGAGGGUGACCACUGGGGGGCACCAGACGAACGUCAGCAUCACAGGAGCCACGUCUACCAAUGCUGGUGUUUACAUCUGUGUUGCCUCCAACAGUGUUGGACAUGUGACAAGAUCUGUCACACUGAUAAUGAAAGGUCAAACCAUUACAGGCCUCUCCCCGCUCAUUUGGGGGUUGAUAUUUCUGUCGCUCCUUGUCAUCAUCAUCAUCAUCAUCAUCAUCUUUUUCCACAGCCGCUCGAAAAAACAGGGACAAUAUAGUUUUGUCCCUGACAAAGCCAAGGAUGGUUCAGGUAUCCCCAUGACUACUCAGUCUAAUGGGGUGCAAUCUUAGGAUAUGUAUUUAAUUGCUGAAUAGGUAAGAUUAAAUCAUCUUGUGGACUGAAACUUUGAUCAGGUAUGUCAUUUUUCUUGCAUGGCAAGAAUGACUUGUAAAUAUUGUAUUGUAGGUCUGGUAUGAUCCUAGUUUGACACCAGUGAGGACUGAGUUACUGAUGAGCACUUGUUUGCCAAUCAAUACUACUGACCAAGCCAGUGAAUUAAAACAUUUUGCUUUAUUUGUGGAGCUUUACAUUGUAACAUAGCUUUGAUUUUUUUUAAUUCUUAAUAAAGUAAUAAAAUAGCCCAUGUCAA